AUGUAUAAUAUAUUGUUAAUUGAAGCUAUAUGUUUUUUGCUGUCACUCUCAAUAAAGAACAUAAUAGGAGCACAGGCGAUUGGUGGGUUAAUAAGAUCUCAGAAAGGAAGAUAUUUAGUAGAUCUGAGUGGAUGCGGUGUAAUUGAAAAACAGUGCUCAAGUUUGCAUGAUGAUCUGACAAUCCUAUCAUGUGCAUUGAAUGCAACUCAUAACAACAAAACACAGGCUACAUUACUUUGUCAACACAAAGUAUGGAUGUACCAAGCCGAACUUCUAGACAAUGCCUACAUUGAUUAUAAAUUAAAGGAACCUUGUCAAGAAGAACCAGUUAUAUUGGAUUGCCUGAGUCCAACUGAAUUCAGUAUAGACUGUGUUUUGAAACGAAAACCAAGUGUGAAAGAUAAAACUUGUUGGAGUGUCAUUAACAACAUUGAAUCUUUAAUCUUUAAUGACUGGCAAAUAACAGGCAAUUUUUUGAGAAAUUGCUUUGAUGAUAUUAAUGCUUAUAAUUGUGGUCGGAUACCAACUGACUCAAGGAGUAUGUCACAACUACAGACAUUAAAAUGUCUUCAAAGUCAAAUUACAAAUCUUAAGCCUGAAUGUCAGUCAGAACUCAAUGUUCUGAAUGAAAUGAAGUAUAGUACUCUCCAGUUGGAUAAAAUUGUCUUUGCUGCUUGUAAUUUAGACCUAAAAACCUUUUGUCUUGAUGAAGUACCUGGAUCUCUUCUAAUGUAUAAAUGUCUUGUAAGGCAUAAGUACGAGAAAGGUAUGACAAAAAAGUGCCAAGAUCAACUUUUUUAUGUCCAACGAAAUGUAGUUAUGAACUAUAGAACUAGUAAAAGCUUAGUUAAGUCAUGUAAAGAAGAUAUUAGAAAGUAUCAUUGUAGGAAAGGUGUGGUAGAUGAUAAAGAAGUUAGACUAGCACAAAUUUUACUAUGUUUGGAAAAUAUAUCUAGAAAUGAUAGCACAAAAUUAACCCCAGAAUGUGUUGCUGAAAUGAUUGAUCAUAGGAAAAUGUUGAUGGAUGAUUAUAGAUUAUCACCAGAAUUGAUGCAAAACUGCGCCAAUGAUAUAACAAAUCUUUGCAGAGGAAUUGAGGUAGGGGGAAAAACAAUACACUGUUUGAUGGAACAUGCUAGACCAAGAAAGAGAAAAGAAAGAAGAAUAAGCAUGUCUUGUCAAAAAUCCCUAGAAGCUCUAGUUCAAGAAGCAGAUCCUGGUGAAGAUUGGAGAGUGGACCCCAUCUUACGUAAAGCAUGUAAACCUGUGGUUGAUAGGGCUUGUCGGGAAAUAAAUGGUGGUAAUGGCAGGGUCAUGUCAUGCCUGAUGGAAAAACUAGGAACUGUACUCAUGACAAGUGAUUGUGAAACUGCAUUACUACAAAUACAAUAUUUUAUUUCUAGAAACUUUAAACUUGAUCCCCAACUAUAUAAAGCAUGUAAAUAUGAUGCUGUAACUCAAUGCAAAGCUAAACUUCAAUGGGCUGAUGCUAGUGAACAUCCAUCUGAAAAGGAUCCUUUGAUUCUACCUUGUUUAUACAAUUAUGCAUAUAAUUCUGCCUUAAAAGGUAUGCUAAAACCUGCAUGUGAACAACAAGUAAAAAGAGUAAUGAGGCAAAGGGCUGUUAGUGUAGAUUUGUUGCCAGAAAUUGAAGACUUUUGCAUAGAUGACUUGGCAAAUUUAUGUUUUGAAAAUACUGGUAGAGGAGAAGAAAUAUUGUGCUUGCAAAAUAAAAUAAAAGAACUAUCUCCUAAAUGCAGAGAAGUUGUAACAAAUUUCACUGAAACACAAAGUGGUCACAUAGAACUUAAUGCUAUAGUUAGCAGUAACUGCCGCAUUCCUAUCGAAAAUCUUUGUUCUUCAGAGUUAAAGAGCAAAAAAGAUGAAGAUGAUGUUUUGGAUUGUUUAAUUGCUCACAAGAAUGAUCCAGAAAUAAAAACAAAUAUUAAAUGCCGUGCAGCAAUUGAACACGAACAAUUGAUUGCGUUAAAAAAUUAUAGAUUUACUAGGAAAUUUAAAAAUGCUUGCAAGUCCUACGUAGAAAGGUUCUGUCCUAAAGCACAAACAAAGAAUCAGGUAGUGACAUGUUUAAGUGAAAUUGUAAGAAAUGACACUAUAACAAAAAGAAAGCAUACAAUAUUUAAAGACUGUCGACAACAGCUAAGAAGCCAACUAUUUCAACAAAAGGAAAACAUAGACUUAGAUCCUGAUCUUAAAGAAGCCUGUGCAAAGGAUUUACAAAUGUUUUGCCCUGCAGUGCCUCAUGGAGAAUCAGCUGCAUUGGAAUGUUUACAAACAGCCAAAGGGAAGUUAAGUGAUGGAUGUCGUAAAGCAAUUUUUGUAGUUAGGAAACAGGAAUUUUCAGAUAAUGCUAUUGACUAUCACUUGAUAACUAGUUGCAAUGACAUGAUAGACUUGUACUGUCAUAAUACAGAAGCCUCUACUAUUUUAGAUUGUUUAAAGGUUCAUCGCCAAAAACCAGACUUUGAUGAUAAUUGUAAGAUUGUUGUUGUUAAUAGAAUGAUUGAACAAAAUAUGGACUACAGAUUUAAUAAUAACUUACAAAAUGCUUGUAAACCUGACAUAAAAAAAUUCUGUGUUAAAAUUAUAGCAAGUGAACCUCAAGGAGUUGAAUUGCAAGGAAAAGUGUUAUAUUGUUUGAAAGAAAAGUUUAGAGAAUCCAAAUUAACUUCUUCUUGUGAAAAUGAACUGGCAAACAUAUUGAAGGAGCAGGCUUUGAACUACCGUCUUGAUCCAUUACUUGGAAAGUUAUGUAAAGCUGAAAUACAAACCAUUUGUGCUGAAUCCAAAGACUCUCUUACAAAUUCAGAUGGUCAGGUGGAGGAAUGUCUAAAAAAUGCUUUGAUGGAACAUAAAAUAGUGUCAGCUGAAUGUGCACAAGAAGUUGCUCAGAUAAUUGAGGAAACUGAGGUUGAUAUUGAAGCAGAUCCUUUGUUGGAGCGUGCUUGUGCAUUAGAUUUAUUAAAAUAUUGUAAAGAAUUGGAACAUGGUGCUGGUAGACGUCUUAAAUGUCUCAAGAUAAUACUUAAUGAUAGUAACAGGAAACUGGAGACAGAAUGUGAAAAACAACUUUCAAGUCGUUUGGAAAUGUAUAGAUAUGUUGCUGCCCACCAUGCAGAAAAUUUAGGAGAUAUUUACAAUGAAUUAUCAUCCUCACCAUCAAAGAAGUAUUUUUUACUAGUGGCCAUAUCAAUUAUAGGCCUAAUUUUCAUAUUUGGUUUAUAUUGUGGUCGAAUGACAAAAAGAGCAAUGUAUAUAAAAAGAAAAUAG